AUGUUGUGCUUGUGCAGUGGUAUCUGCAUUUGCCUGCUGCUUGCCUUGCAGAAAUGGCUGUGUUUAUUCAUCCUGCAGCCUUAUCUUCCAGAUUUGCACAGUGGGGGCAGAGCAGAACCUUGGCUUUCUAACCCAGAUGCCUUAUUAUUCAGCAAGCUCCUGUUCAAUUCAGGUGUCCCAUUUGUUUUUUAUUCCCCAUUUCUGCAGUUCCUACUGGAAUACAGUAGUACUCCACGAAAUUGCAUGGCUCGACUUUUGUCUCGAGUGCAAACACACUUGCAAACAGCUCCUCUUUACAAGUUUCUUUUGUAG